UGCCCGCAGGUGCCCAUCGUCUUCCAGGACCUGGCCGUGCGGUUCUCCCAGGACGAGUGGCGGCUCCUGGCGGAGGGGCAGCGGGAGCUGUACCGGGACGUGAUGCGGGAGAACUACGAGACGCUGGUCUCCCUGGGGACAGAUGAGCUGCUCCCCCUCUCUGCCUUCCUGUGUCCCACGGAGCUUGGAGGAGCCGUGGGGGGCCGGAGCCGCACUGAUGCGGGGCCAGAGCCUCCGCGGGGAGCAGGCCCGCCAGGAGCUGCCCCCCAGCACAGCCUGCACCUCAAUGCCCUGGUGCAGCUGGUGAGGGAGAUUCCGGAGUUCCUGUUUGGGGGAGUCAGCCCCGAUUGCGGGGGCGCUGGCCUGGACGGGGAGCAAGCGAGCCCCCAGGCAGCCAUGGCCCUGGACGCUGGCCAUCUCGGGGGCCUGAUCGGGGGCCUGCCAGACACCCCCUCCAGCGGACCCAGCCUGGCCUCCACGCCCAGCGGCAGCUCCUUGUCCAGUGACCCACCUGGAGCCAGGGGUCAGGGGAGCCCCCUCCCCAUCAAAACUGCGGGCAGACCUUGGCCCACCGAGAGGGAAGGCCCAGGGGCGCUGGGCGGGGAGCGCGGCCCGUCCUCCCGCAGUCCCAGCCCGAGGACGACCCCCCGAAAGCAGGAGGGGGGUGCCGCGGGGUCAGGUGCUGCAGGAGUGUCCCCUGGGCGCAGCCCCUUGCAAGGCCUCAUCAACUGCCUGAAGGAGAUCCUGGUGCCCGGGCCCCAGCUCCCUGCUGGGCCGCCUCCCGCCCCCGGCCUGGGUGCUUCUCGCCUGACCAGGGCUCCCGGGGGCCCACCCUGGGGAGUGAAGACGGAGGCGUCCGCCAGCGACUGCCCGCUGCAGGGUCUGCUGAGCUGCCUGAAGGAGAUCCCAGAGGCCCCGGACAGGCGCCCCCCAGGCCCCGGGGGCGCACCCCCGCAGGAGGGGGGGACACGGAAGGGGCAUCCCGGAGGGUCCAGACCCCCCCAGGCCCCUUCUUCCGGCCCCGGCGCCGGCAGAGCACUCCCGGUGGUGAAGACAGAGGACGUCUGGGCCCAGAGCCCCCCCGUGCCGACACCCUGUCAGCUCAGCAACUGGACACACAGCCCCGCUGCCCUCAGCAGUCCUGGGGGCGCUGGAGGCAACAGAGGGGUCCCAGCGCCCAGCUGGGGCCCCUCGGCUCAAGCCGGCAGUGCCUCGCGCUCACCCCUGGAAGCCCUGGAGGCCUGUCUGAAGGGCAUUCCCCUGAGUGGGUCGUUACCUCCCCAGCCGCCGGCCACCAGCUGGUUCCGGAGCCCCCAGCCAGGAACCCCCGGGUCCCCCCGGCCCGAGCUGCAGCCCCGAGGAUCACACGGUGAAGAGGUGGCCGUGGGGCCUCGGCUGGCGCCCGUGUGGGCCGUGCCCCGUGCCCUGCAUGGCAAGCAGGCCCAGUGCCGUGUGCCUCCCCCGUGGCCAGCUGCCCUGGACGCAGCACAGGCCACAGGCAAGACUCCCAGGUCCUCGGAGACCGAGCCGGACCCACCCCAGACGCCGCUGCUGUUUUUCCCAGGAAGCCCCGUGGGGAGCUCCCCGCUGCAGGGCCUGGAGAACUGUCUCAGAGAGAUUCCCAUGGCCAGGCCGCGGCCUGCCUGGCCCUGGUCCUCGUCGGGGGACGGGGGCCCUCAGAGGACAGAGCCCAGCAACGGGACCACUGACAAGGAAGGACCGAGGGGCGAGGCCUGCGAGCCGGCCCCCCUUGGACAGCACAUAGGGGGCCGCCCCGGCAGGAGCCUCCAACCGGCCAGCCCCCCGGCACUCACCCCCUGCAGCCUUCCCUCUGGCUCCCCGCGAGGCCUCAAGGACCACAGGCCGCCCGGACCCCCGUCAGGGCGGGCGCUGCGCGAUGGGCUGGCCGGCAGGCCCUCCCCGCUCCGCUGCCUGGAGAGCUCCCUGAGGGUCAUCCUGCCCGGGAGGCCCUUGCGCUUCGCCUGCUUGGCCGGCCCCAGCCCCAGCCCCGGCUCCAGCUCCAGCCUCAGCAGCUCAGACGGAGACGAGUUAAGGCCGGAGUCCGAGCCCUGGCCGCUGCCCCCGCCGGGAACAGCUGGGGACCCCUUCCCCACCCCUGGGCUCGGAAAAGGGCCCGACCCGGAGCCCUGCCAGCCCCCCAGCCUGGCCCCCAGGCCCCUGUCCUGGAAGCCAGAGGCCAGCAAAGAUCCCGGGUGCCUGGGCCCUGGACGCACGACACUGAGCGUGGCAGUGACUCCGGGGUGCCUGGGGUUGCUGGCCGGAGGUUUUGCUGAGCUGUCUCGGGCGGACAGGCCCCCACUCCCACAGCGCCACCACAGUGGCUCCGUCCCGGCGUCCAGCUUCUGUCCUGCGUCCUCACCCUUCUCCCACUGGAAGUCUGUAGGCGCCGACAGGGGCCAGCGCCAGGGUGGGGCCCAGGCCGAAGGCUGCAGGGCCGGGGACCCCUCGGGCCCCUCCAGCGGGGGGCCGCGCCUGGUGCCCCCGCUCCCUGAAGACGCCCCCCCAGCAGAAGCGUCCGGGUCCGACGCCAGCCCUUCGCCGCAGCGUCUCCCCGCAGCAUGCAGCUGCGCCGUGCUGACUGUGCACCCCUUGCCCGGACACGCUGGCGGCCAGCAGGGCCCCCCGCCCCCCUCAGUGCCUGCUGCCCUCCCGCCCCAGGCGGCUGCCCCCGCAGCCCGCGCCGACGGGGAGCUGCUGCCCACCGCACCCGCCAGGACCCUCGACCAGCCCAGGGAGCCAGGCAGCCUGUGGGUGGGGGUCCAGAGAGCCCUGGAGGGGGAGCCGUGGGGCAGAGAGCCCAGGGACGCGAGGUGGGGGGCCCCCGGUCGCCUUUUCCAUCUACUUGGUCCUGUCGGGGAUGCCCGGCCCCCUGCGUCCCCCAAAGGCCGGCUCGCCCCCUCGCCCGGCCAGACCUGCCCGCUGUCUGGGCCCUGACGGGCUGGAGCUCGCCCGCGCCUGAGCGCCCCGACUGCAGGUGCGUUUGCUCAGGGAGGCUCGCUCCUCGCCGCGCCCCGCCGCCCUCCCCUCCUGGCCUUCCCAGGCUGAGGAGCCGCAGACCACACCCCCGCAGCUGCGCCCUUCUCGCCCAGGGGGUGGGCCUGCGCCUCGGGUCUGCCCUGGGUCCAAGCCGGAUUUGCCCGCGUGGACUCCAGAUUAAGAGGCUGGUUGCUAAGGAAACGCCCCGCAGCUGGAUGGCGUCAGCGUGGCCCCGGCCGAGUUCCCAGCACUGGCCGGGCCUCCUGCCCUCCCGACACCGGAUGCAGCGUCCGUCUCGCCAGCCUGGGGAAGGCCGGCGGGGGAGUACGGUUCCCAGAUGGCCCCUGGGAGGAGGGGCGCGCACUGCUCUCGGGGCCCCUGGCAGAGACCCGCAGACCGGGCAGCUUCAGUGUCACGGGGGCCAGGGGCCCAGGAACCGGGCGUCGGCGGUGAGGGCUCUUCCCGGGGCGGGAGGGCCAGGCUGUCUGGGCCCGGCCGGGCAGUGGCCAGCUGCUGUCCUCAGGCCUCGUGCCCAUGUACCCACUUUACCCGGUCGUGCGGCCGCCCCAACGCCCUUGCUAUGGCCUGAUUGCCGCUGGGAAGGCCCCAUCUUCGGAGACAGUCACAGCUGGGGGCUUGGGGAGCAGGAGUCGUGAAGCUGGGGCAGUUCAGCCUGCGUCUCGGGCGCGCUGAAGGAGAUGGCGCGUCCGGUGUCAGCCGGGUGGCUUCGCCCCUGGCCCAGGGCGGUGGGGUGGGCCGUGCAGCACCUUGGCCUGGCCGUGGCGUGUGGGCCUGGCGGGGCUGGGAGGGCGUGCGGAGGUGCUGGGCGUGAGCAGCGCUGUGGCUGCUGUGCCUGGCACAGGGCGGGUGUCGCGGCCGGCCAGGCCCACACGUCUUGGAGACCAGCUUCUGUGCUCGCCUGUGAGUGGGGCACCGAGUUGGCUUGGUAGGGAAUGGGGGGGCGGGGAGCAGGUCGAGCUUUGCAGGCCUGUGGUUGCAGAGAGCGGGAGGGGGCGGGGUGGGGAGUGGCGGGCACCAGCCAGAGCCACCCGGGAAGGGCCUCGCCUAGCAGAGGCAGAUUCGUGACCACGCGACCUGUUCGUCACCACCGGGUAACACAGGCCAGGGAAGAAAAAUAAGCUCAGCUCCUUGUCAGCACUUUCCACCCGGCCAUUUCCCCCCACCUAGGCCUGUACCGGCCCCUCACCCCCUCAGCCUCGGCUCUGGCACCCCCACCCCUCGGUUCAGAGCUCAAGGCAGCCGGCCCCAGUAAGACCUCCCCACUCGGUCCGGCGACCUUUCGGGGCGCCCCCUCCUGCUGGCACCCCUCCUCAGCAGGCACGGGCGUGGGGUUGCGCUGUAGCCUUUGUGGCUUGCUUUGUGAGCACCAGCCGGUGCCAGCAGCUGGCCCACCGGGACGGCCUCCGGGCUCUGGCCAGGCGCGCCCAGCGAAGGGGGCCGUGAGUAACCAAGCGAGCGGCGGGCGCCUCUGGGGGUCAGGCCAGCACACAGACGCCAGCUCCGUGCCUCCUCCCCUCUGAUGCCACAGGGUGGACAGUGGGAGGCAGGACAGUAGCUGGGCCUGCACCAGCGGCUGGAACCUGGGGCCAGAGCACAGCCCUGGCCUUCGAGAGGCUUUAGAAGCGAGGCCUGGAGGACACACUGCCCCAGCGGCCACCUGGCCGCCUGGGCUUCUUGCAGUGGCCAGCCAUGCCUGUGACGCCCAGGGGGUCUGGCGCGAGAGAGCUUGGCCCGUGCAGAUGGGCUUCUGCGCCCACCUUUUGUGUCUGUUUGGGUGUGGCUGCUGUAGACAGCCGGCAGCUGGGUUUAUUUUUAGCUCAGCCCAACAACCUGUUCCCCGCCCGGAGCCCCAGUGAGCCAAGGUGCUAGCGGGCCCUGUUUGCUCACCUGUCCGCGGGCUUCCCUCCGCUCCUGCCUGCUUUUAUAUAAGGAUGUUCCAUCGUUUCCAUCCGCCUUUCCGCUAGCCUCAGAACGGAAAGAAACAGCUGAAUUCACAAUCCCACAAGAUGUCAGAAAUUGAGCAAAUCAGGAAGGCGAUGAGGAUUCAGACAAACCAGUCAGCACAGCACAGGGCCCGGUUUCGGCUGAUCACAUACCAGCCAGGGCAGAUUCAAGCCAACUCGAGCGCAUUGAAAUGAUAUACAACAUGGUCUAGGACUACACUGUAGCUCUCAAGCUUCAAAUAAAUAAUGGAAAGUAAACAGAAGUUUUGUAUAUUAAGUUCAAAAUUAUGCUGCUUAAUAAACUUAGUG